AUGAUAAUGCUAUUCAAAGGCAACAGCAGCCGGCUGGAGCACCUCAUCGAGAAAAUUCAGGCUAACAAAGAAAAUCACGACGUCACAUCGGAGGAAUUGAAAGUCAGCCAUGAAGCGUACUUGCCAGGUGACUGGGUGGCGGCUGCUUAUGAGACGCAUUCGGACCAAAUGCCGUUCCGAUGCGAGUUCUGUUCCCGCCUGUUUAAGCACAAGCGAUCCCGCGACCGACACGUCAAGUUGCACACUGGAGACCGCAAGUAUCGAUGUGCGCAUUGCGAAUCUGCCUUCUCUAGAAGUGAUCACUUGAAGAUCCAUCUAAAGACGCACGACAAUCAGAAGCCGUUCCAGUGCACUGUUUGCAACCGCGGGUACAACACGGCUGCGGCGCUGACGUCGCACAUGCAGGGUCACAAACGCGCGCGCGAUGGUCAUGAACCUGAUCGCCGCCGAGCCACGCGCUGUCUUCGCUGCGGCGAUGCCUUCAGGCGACCUGACUUACUACAGGCACAUAUGGUAAAUGCACACGGAGUUGAUGCAGCAGCUAUGACACCUCCACGCAGAAUAGCUUCUCAACCGCCGCCAACUCUCCUAGCUUGCAUCUACUGCACCCGUGAUACAUUCACCAGCAUGGAGCAGCUUCAGCUUCACGUAAGAGCAGCACAUUCUGCUCUACUGAAUGGUGAAACACCUUCUAAUAUAGAUCAACCUGCGCCAACGGAUCUUAGCCUUCGUACUCUUGAGUCUCCCACUAAGCGAUCUGGAUCGGCUAAUGAAAACCUCACCGUAAAGCGCAGAAGGUCGGGCUCAGCGACACCACAGAUUGCACUGUCGCCAAGCACACUUCUUUGCAAUCAAUGUGAUGCAGCUCUACCCGACUUUGAAGCAUUUCGAGCGCACCUCAAAGGACACCUAGAAGAGGGUGGAGAACUGAGAAAUUCGAGUCCAGUGCCGUGUCUUCAAUGCGGGGCGACGUUCGCGGAUGCCGCUGCUUCUGAACGUCACCUCACAGCGCAUUACCUCGCUGUCUCCUGUGAAUACAGUUGCCACAGCUGCGCUCGGAGCUUCUCCACCCCCGACGACCUGCAAAAACAUCUCCUGGAUAUGCAUGCUCACCACCUGUAUCGAUGCUCACUCUGUAAAGAAAUCUUCGACUCGAAAGUGGCGAUUCAGGUGCACUUCGCCGUGGCACACAGUGGUGAAAGCAAAGUGUGGGUAUGCCGCGGAUGCGGCGCGGGCGCGGGCGCGCUGCGAUCGGAGGCGGAGGGCGCAGCACAUGUGCUUGCACGUCACGCGGCGCGCUGCGCGUGCGGCGCUGUUCUAUCGGCUCAGCGCGCAAGACCUCGCGCUUACCGCUGCCCCGUCCCUGCCUGCACAGACACCUUUGCCGUGCAGUAUUUGCUCGAACGACAUAUGCAGGCGCAUCAUACACCACAACCUAGCUUAAAUGGGGAUAUAGCGAGAUCGAAGCGCGUAGAUAAUAACAACGCUCCCGACGGUGCCGACGGCACUUGCUCUCCGUGUAACGUCGGGGCUGAAAGCAACGGCGCGGUGGUUACCGGCAACGACGAAAGACGCCGUAAGAACGGCGCCGUAGCUCUGCAGUGUGCAUAUUGCGGGGAACGUACGCGUAGCCGAGCGGAAUUGGAGGCGCACACUAGGGCGCACUCUGGCGCUGCUGCGGCAAGGCACAAGUGUCUCAUUUGUGAUGAAGUGCUGCCAUCUGCUGCUGUUCUUGCCGAACACAAACUUACACAUUGCAAGGUUGUUGCCGGAGACACGUGUGCAAGAUGCCGCGCCCGUCUGCCGUCCGAAGAAGCGUUCCUGAACCACAUGGCGCGACAUCACCCUGCCUUGCCUGCACCCUGCGUCGUUUGCCGGCAAACGCUGGCGUCUGAGGCCGAGGCCCGUUUGCACGCACGAUUUCAUUUGAGGGUCACAGAGGAUGAGCAGAGAUGCGCCAUUUGCUUACGAGCUCUGCCCGAAGGCGAAGGCGGCGAAGGUGCUCGUGCCUGUUCGUCGUGCUACGCGCGUCACGCCGCGCCUCGACCUCCGCCGCCUACCGACCACGAUUGCCGGUUGUGUCGCCGAGCUCUUGGCUCUCCAACACGUUUGCAGGCACAUCUCAUCGAACACACCUUCGCAGGUAUCGGAGCCUUCACAUGCUACUUAUGUUCGGCAGUGUUCACAAGUGCGUUAGGUCUUCAACGGCACCUGCCCGAGCACGCGACUGCACCACGGCCUUACGACUGUGGCCGAUGUGGCCUUAAGUUCUUCUUUAGGGCAGAGCUUGAUAACCACGCUUUCGUGCAUUUGGAGGAAGCGGAAAUUGCUCAGAGAGCGUUUUACGAGGCUUACGCCAGAGGAGCAGCGUCUGCCUGGGCAGCGUUAGCCCCGCCAAAGGCGCCACCAGCUAGCAGCCCCGUAACAGUAGAGGUUCCAGUUAAAAGGGAGCCUGAGAUAAAGGAGGAACGGACAGACGAAUACAUAGAAGUGUCUUCGCCUCCCCCGCCAGCCCCGCCACCCGUAGCGCCCACUCCACCUCUGGUGGUGAAGCAAGAGAAACCCGAUGAAGACUGAAGCGAUAUCGAGCCAAUUAUAACAAGCAGAGUUUUAUACGCUUCAGCGACAGAUUGGCUAGUUAACAGUGACUGUUGCCAGAUCGAAAAGUUGAUGUAAAAAUAAAAUGUUUGGUUUCACUACAUUGUGUUGUAAAAUAUUAGAAAUUACUGCUAAUUGUGAUGUAUUUUGUUAAGAUCUCAAGCACAUUCCGUGUUAACUUGUCAAACAAACGUUAUCGUCCGAGAUGCGGAUUUCCCGCUGCAAUACUAGAUUACGUCCCGCAAUGUAACUAUUAGCUUAAUUACGUUGUAGUUGAAUAUUAUAUUGUUGAAUUUCCGCGUUUAGAACGCUGUCUUUCUGUAAGUAUAGAGCGUAUUUUUAUGUUGAAUAUCUUUUAUAAUGUUUACACGGCUAUUUGUAUAAAAUGUUAAUUUAAAUAAAUUAUUAUGGUUAGCUUCACUCUUACAAACGUUUGCUUAUAUUUUAAAUCAACACCAAACACA